UUCUACUUUUUCCAGUUCCUGCUUCGGGGUUCUUUCGUCAGUGAAUUAAUUUUAUUGCUUACACGAGCUCUGAGCGCGGCAGGGAUCUUUCACUUUUCGAUUGAUCAUUUAAUCCACCACGGUAAUGCUGAUAUUUUGCCACUACUAGCAGGCACAACAAGCACUUCUAAGUUACCUGUUCCUGUACAAACCUGUUAUUGACUAUUCUCAGAAAUUUGUUUUCGAGGUUUUACGUAGGAUUUCUCUCAUUCUGCGAAGGAUCUCUCCUUGGUAGUGGCAUCAGUCUUUAGUGUUCAGUUGGUAGUUGAUCAUUUAUAGCCAUCAUCUUCUCUUAACUAUACACUUUAUCUCCAUUCGUUCCCAUUUUGGGGGGUUCCCAUGAAACUGAAAUCUUUGAAAAACCUGUUUGGCAUCAACAUGUCCGCCACCGCCACCAAGCGGGCUUGUCCCGAUGAGCCCACGGCCUCCCCCGCCAGCGCCCCCUCCAACGGACACUCCCCCCGCUGCGGGACGGCGCCCCCGGUCCGGGGAGGGGGUCCCCCGCGCGGUCCCUCCUUCGAAGAACUGUGGAUCAACCUCCAUCCCGGGCUGAUGCAGAUCUUCCAGCUGGAGAGCAUGACCCGUCGCAACUACAUGAUGCUGCAUUCGCAAGUGUACAGUUAUUCCACCAAUGUGGCGGAUGAGCAGGAGCAGAAUGUGGAUCGGCAGGCGUUGGAUCGCAGCCGGCAUAAAGGCCGCGUACUGUAUACGAAACUGCAGGAACUCAUCGCCGAGCGGCUGGCCAUCGUUCUGGAGACGUUCAGUGGGGACCGCGGGGACGGCAUCUACCUGCUGCAGCACUAUCUGGGGCGCUGGAAGGAUUUCCGCUUCUCCAGCCAGGUGGCCAACGGGAUCUGCGAGUACCUGAACCGUGUAUGGGUCAAGCAGGAACAGGCGGUCGAAGGUGUGGAUGACGUGUUCACCGUGUUCGGGACGUGUUUUGUCCAGUGGAAGAACUGUGUGUAUCAGCCGUUGGAUAAAUCGAUUAUGCGCGCUAUUUUGGAUCUGUACGCCGCGGAUCGCAAUGGCGAAGUGAUCGAAAGCCAGCUACUCCACAAUGUCAUCCAUAAUUUCGUUGAAUUGGGUGUAACGGCCGACGAUAUUGGCAUCAAUCUGGAUGUGUACAAGAAGCUGUUUGAGGAGCCGUUUCUGGAAGCCACCCAGGCGUACUACGUAUGGGAGAGCGCCACGUUUUUGCAGACUAACUCCGUUUGUGACUAUGUUAUGAAGGUUCAUCGUCGCUUGCAAGAGGAAAUAGAACGCACCGCGAAAUAUCUCCAUGAAUCCACAUCACAACCACUGACCAAAGUCCUGGAAGAGGCUCUAAUCAUCCAUCACAAUCACAUUUUUGACGCCGAAUUUACCAGCCUGCUUACCCGGGAACGGGUCGAAGAAUUGUCGAUCAUCGAUAAUUUGCUCAGUCGGAUUCCGUCGCGGACGAAGGAUCUGCAUAAGCUGCUCGUCACGCACAUCACCACUCAAGGCGGGGAGGCCAUUUCCAGCAAAGCGGACAGCCUCCUCAAUGAUCCGCGGGCCUUUGUCAUGUUGCUGCUAGAGCUGUACGACCGUUACCUGCGCAUCGUCAACGGGGCCUUCAAGAGCGAUCUGGAGUAUUCCAAUGCCAUGGAUCGGGCGAUGGAGACUCUGGUGAAUAAGAACGCCGUGACGGAGAUGGCCAAAAGCACCCAGAAAGUGCCGGAAUUAUUGGCCCGCUACUGCGAUCUGCUGCUGAAGAAAAGUCCCCAGAAUCCGGACGAUGCGGAGCUGGAUAAAUGUCUGGAUCGUGUGAUGAUCGUCUUCCGCUACGUUGAGGAUAAGGACGUUUUUCAGAAGUAUUACACACGCAUGCUGGCCAAGCGCUUGGUGCACGGCUUGUCGGCUAGUGACGAUCUGGAAGGCGCCAUGAUCUCCAAACUGCGGACGUUGUGCGGCUUCGAGUACACCAUCAAGCUGCAGCGCAUGUUCCAGGACGUCAGUCUGAGCAAGGACUUGAACGAGGAAUUCAAGCACAGCCCCGAUCAUAAGCGUCUGCCGGAGAAGCUGGAGUUCACUCUGCAGAUCCUCAGUAACGGCGCCUGGCCCUUCACGGAGAAGGUCAACCUCAGUCUUUCGGCCGAGCUGGAACGCCCGCUGACGGUGUUCACCGACUUCUACCGCAACAAGCACGCCCAGCGCCGACUGCGCUGGCUGUACUCGGUGUCGCGUUGCGAAAUGACCACGACCUGCUUCCCCAUGCGCCACAUCCUGCAGGUGUCCACGUACCAGGCCGCCGUGCUGCUCUUGUUCAACGAGAUGGACGCCGCCCGCAUGGAGCAGCUGGCCACACUGGCUAACGUCGAGAUGGCGCUGCUCGUGCAGAUCGUCAUUCCGCUGGUCAAGAGUAAGAUGUUGCUGACGGGGGAGGGCGCCGGCGACGUGGAGGAGAAGGAUCUCCUCCCCGAGACGGAAGUGAAGCUCAAUUUUGGCUUCCGCAGUAAGAAGAUGCGCAUCAACCUGAACAUGCCGAUGCGGGCCGAGCAGAAGCAGGAGGAGGAGGCCACGGCGCGCAACAUUGAGGAGGACCGCAAGAUUGUUAUCCAGGCGGCGCUGGUGCGCGUCAUGAAGAUGCGCAAGACCCUCAAGCACCAGCAGCUCAUCGCCGAGGUCCUCACCAUCCUCUCCACCCGUUUCAAGCCCACAAUUCCACUGGUUAAGAAAUGUAUUGAGAUUCUGAUCGAUAAGGAGUACAUGAAACGCGACGAAGAAGACCAAACCCAGUACAGUUAUGUGGCGUAAGACUCAGCCGCGGCCUAUUUGCCCAAGUAAUCGCCGUGUUUUAUGUUUUUAAGCGUAAUUUGUUUUCCCUUGUGGAUGAAUGACGUUUUGCAUCAGCCAUCAUGUAAUUUUGGACAAAUAUCUGGUUUUAAGACGGAAAAGAGAAGGAUCGCAUAUUUUGUUCGGUAUAUAUACUGUUUGCCUUGUGUUCACCUUUUUUUGGGCCAUUUUGAUCUCUCUUUCGUUGGAGAUGAGAGUAUUUUGACGAUGUGGAGAAACUGUCUUGUGUUUUACGCAGUUUUUGAUCGCUUUUGAUCUUAAUCGGAAAAUAUUGGUAUUUCUUUUGUCGGUUUUGGACAGCUGAAUAAACGUUGAAUAAAAAUCGAAUAAGAGAAAAAGCGCUCGAUUUUAUUGCUGAAUGAAUGCUGGUUUUAUUGCUUAUUAUGAAAUUCGGGGAUUUUGAAAUUAAAAUAAGCUUGCUGGA